AUGUUCGGCGUGCAGCUACUCGACUCCGUGCAGCAAUCGCUGGAUCGAAUAUGUCACCUUAAGAAGCAACCGCAGCCGGACGACGGCAUCAGAAGAAAGCUGGCAUUGCUGAGCGAGCAAGACGCCCUCUACGUGCUGGACCAAAUUUACAACAGCAAAACUGAGAUCAGAACCCUCAAUGGAUUCAUUGCUUUCAUGAUCAGGAAACUAGAGAAUGAAUCUUCUUCGUCUCCUUCUUCUAGAACAGUUUGGACCCCUCAGAGUCCCUCUGCUUCUUCUUCUUCUGUUACUAGUCCUCCACAGCUUUAUCACAGCCCUGAUCAUUCUCAAGUUGUAGACCAGUCUGAAGAGAGUGGACUCUGUUCCUCUGUUUUUCAGCGGCUAUAUUUGAGCUCUCAAGGUGAGACAAUUCCUUGUGGUUCUCCUGGUGUAGAGCAACAUCAAGACUAUAAUCGACAGCCACUCUAUUCUUCAGCUUCUCCUUCUGAAGCUUUCCAGACUUCUUAUUAUCAGAGCCAUUCUUCUCCUGCUGGUACUGAUGCACCAUUUUAUUCCAGUUCUCAGCCUCAGGGUGAGACUCCCAACCCAUCCCCGAUGACAGUGUGCAAUGGCCAAUCACCUUAUUCCUCCCCUUCUCCUUAUCAAAUCCUGUCUGCUCCUUCUAAUACUCAUAGACAACUCUAUGAGAGGUUCCAAGGUGUCCAUGUUUCUCCCUUUCAAACCCUAUCUGCCUCUCCUGUUACUCCUGUUCAACUUCAUAAGAGCUUUCAAGGUGAGACUGUCACUCACUCCCCAGUUCUAUACCAUCCUGGUGACCAUGGACCAGCACACUUAGAAGCUCUGGGAGAACUCGAGUUCAGAAGACAAUUUCUAAUAUUAAGUUAUGCUGGAGGAACAAAGUUAAAAGAUGUAAUAGAAGUGGAGGCUAUUAGGCGCUGGAGAAAUUUGCCAAUGGUAAACUUUGACACCAAAGUUUGGCAUGCUUUGGGUGAAAACAAUGUUGGCAAGGCUGACCGACGAUUGUAUUCUGAUUGGGAUUCUCAAAGAACACACCACUACUAUUGUUAUGUUUCCUUGGAUGGGAGUUGCAAGUUCAAGGUUUCUGCUGUACCCUCAGGUCCCUUCCUAGACAAACCAAGAACUCUCCUACAGAAAUGGUUAGAAGAUGACAAUGUUUUAGAGGUGAAAUUUACCCAAGGGGAAGGUUCCAGUAUUCUUUUUGAUAAUAAUUAUGGUACAUAUAGCAAGUUAAUGCGAGAAGGCAUUCUUGUUGGUUUGCGGCGAUAUGGUCACUUUGUGCACAGUGUUGGUGGUAACAAAGGAAAGAAUAAGUUGAAAGACCCAACUUCAUCACCUGUGAAAUGUUACUUUGUUCGUAUGAGCUCUGAUGCUGCGAUAGACAUGGGUAAAUUCUAUAAGUUAGCUGGCAAAACGAUGCAUGAAGGAAGAUCUCUUUUGACGCACGUACACACUGGGCCUAGUUUGGCAAAUUACAUGGCUAGGUUAUCUCUCAUUUUGUCCAAGACAGUUACUUUAGAAGUGAAUUGGUCACUUGUCAAGGUUGAGUUCAUCAAUGAAGAAUACUGUCUCGAUGAGUCUGGUAAUCCCAUCUAUGUAGAUGGAAAAGCUCGUAUACAUACUGAUGGCACAGGAUUUAUAUCUGAGGAUCUGGCUUUACUUUGUCCUGAGAUAGCACACAAAGGAGAGCUUAUCAAUAAUGAACACAUCGAGGGACUUGAUGAUCCUGAUGAUGAACUUGAGGACAACAUUCUGGAAUGGAAACAGCCAGGCACUAGAACUCAGGAACUGCUUCCACCAAACACAUUGCAGAUUCGACCGUCAAUGGUCAAAGUUGAGCCAGAUCCAAAACUGUCAGAUCCUCAAACAGUGAAUUCACUGGAGAUAGUAGGAACAAGUAAACUUACUAAGAGAACAACUUUGUCGAGGAAUUUGAUUGCACUUUUAUACCAUGGAGGGGUGCCAAAAGAAUACUUCAUCGAGUUACUUAUGAAAGCUUUAGAAGAGACUCGUGAUGUUUAUAGCAAUAAACGUGCAGCAUUCAGAGUUGCCCUUAGAUAUGGCGAGAUCGAUGACAAUAGUAAUGUUGCGAAAAUGAUCUCCUGUGGUAUUCCUCUUGAAGAACCAUAUAUGCAAUAUCGUCUUUCAGCCCUUAUGAACAUGGAAAAGAUCAAUCUUAAAAAAGGGAAAAUUUGUAUUCCUGAAUCAUACUAUUUGAUGGGGACAGCUGAUCCAACAGGAAAACUUGAAAAAGAUCAAGUUUGCAUUAUCCUGUAUGUAUGA